AUGAACGACGGGCAGAGAAGCUCUCUCUCUCUCUCUCCCUCCCUAGAGAGCACUCUCUCUAAGGCCAGGGACGCGUGUGGGAUGGAGACCCUCCCCCUGAACGGAAACUUCAACAACAGCUACUCCCUGCGCAGUGUGGGCGGCACCGUGGGCGGGGCCUGCGACUUCCUCGGGGGCGGAGUCGGGGGAACGGACAGCCCCCCUCCCCUGCUCAACCCCCGGGGGGCGGAGACCCUGGGCGGGGGCGGGGUCCGGCGGAACCUCUCGGACGCGGCGGCCUUCGAGAAGAUGAUCAUCUCCGAGCUGGUGCACAACAACCUGCGCGGGGGCGGGGGCGGGGGCGGGGCCGAGCGGGCGGGCAGCCUGGCGAGGCGGGGCCGGGCCGCGGCGGCCGGGCUGCGGGGCGGGGGCGACCCGGGCGCGGACGAGGACGAGGACUUCCUGGCGGGCGAGCCCCGCCCCGCGGGCCAGGACGUGGAGAUGCUGUACAAGGCCCUGGAGCAGCCGCUCCUGCUGCAGCGCGCGCAGUCCGUCCUGUACCACAGCGACCCCGACGAGUCCGAGAGCUACACCCCCGACCUCACCGAGAGCCUGGAGGCCGGGGGCGGGGCCGGGGGCGGCGCCGGGGGGGGCGGGGGCUCCGGCUCGCCCGCGCGCGACUCCCUCUACACCAGCGUGACCAACCUGCGGGACUCGCCGUACCCCGACAGCAGCCCCGAGCCCCUGGAGGUGGUGCCCCGCUCCGCCCAGCCCCCCGAGGAGCUGUACUACAGCUCGGGCCGUCCCGCGCUGGGCUCCCGCGGCGCCCCCAUGCAGACCUUCUACCAGGCCCCCGCCCGGCGUCCCAGCGGGGAGGGCUACCUGGGCCAGGGCGGGGCCGAGCCGCCGCUCAACGAGGGAGAUGGACAGAUGCAGCUGGUCACCAGCCUGUGACUAGGACGCUGGUGACCAUGGCGACAAGGCUUAGGGUGAGGAUGACCUCGUGUUCGGCCAGCACACCCCCCCCCCCCCCAUAUCCCACCCCACCCUCCCUCGUCCUUACUCUUCCCCCUUCGAUUUUGUUUUUGUGUCUGGUUUUUAUCUGAAAGAGGGGCGAACUGACCGGCAGUUGCUCAGAAUGUUCUUUUUCUCCGUCUCCAUGGUAGCAGAUUACUCUGUAUUUCUCCAUCACUGAACGGGUAUUUCUCCUGCACCCAUCUCUUCCUGUUCCAGCCUGCCUCUCCCUCCCCCCCCCCCCCACACACACACACCCUCCCUCCUCCACUCAUUUUAUUUACCUUCUCCUCCUCCACUCGUCCCGAUUCUUCCUUUCCAUUCACUCACAAUUCAUCCCUCUUUUAUUUCCUUUCUGUGUUCCAUUCCUCCUUGCGCGUUGUUCCGAGGUCGACAGAGGCGUGCUGGUUUAUGGUAGGACAGCUCCCCCUGCCCCCGCCCCCCGCCCCGCCCCGCCCCGCCCCGCCCCGCCCUGCCCCCUCCCACCUCUCAUCAGCUCGACAGUUUUGCCAAAAAGAAAAUCCUGCUCAGUCCAGCGCAAGGACCCACAGGGACGGCCAUGGAGAGACCAGACAAAACGUGUUCCAUAUCAGAACCAGACAAACAUCGCAACACACCGCGCCGCGAAAAACACACGCGAGCAGACGAAACACGGGAAGGACUCGCCGUGCCUGUCGGCAUGGGGACGGAGCAGCGGGGUCCUUUUUUCCGAAGCCCGCUUUCAUGUACAGAACACUGAGGGUCCCGCCUCCACGGCGACCCCGCCGGGGUACGGAGGGAGGUCAGAGGUGAAGGGUCAGGGGGUGGGGCCUGGAGUGAACCACUCUGGGGAGGGAGGGGAGGGGAGGUGGGAAUGACUGUGUCCUGCUCAGGACACGUGUUUGAGCAGAGAAACUGCCCGCUCCCCCCCUGCCCCGUUCCGUGAACUUUCUGAGGACAAUGAGGUACUGGAAACCUGGCUGCCAUCACCGCGUUUCCCCCCACCCCCCCACCCCCCUCCUCCGCCUCUCUCUGGACAUUUCCAAGUGAACCUGGACACCAGUCGCCUGUGUGUUGUCAUGGCAACAAGGAUUCUAACUGUUGCAACUUACUAUUCCAGCUAUUAUUCUACUUCUACCUUGUAAAUAGGAACCAAAUGAAAAAAACAAAAGCAACAAAAAAGAAACAAAGAUAUGAAAAAUAAUUUCUUGUAUCGCAACAAACCUUCAAAAGAAGAAAAUGUACAGGAGUUUGUGAACUGAAUGAUAUACACUCUCUCUCACUCUCUCCUUCCUUCUAGGUCUCUCUCUGUCUCUCUCCUCUUUCCUUCUAUUUUUUUCCCUCCUCUGAUCUGCUCAUCUCUAUCGAUAAUUCUCUGCCUCUCUUUUCUUCAUUCCAGUUUUCUCUCUGCUUUGGUUCACCUCGCUCUUUCUCUCACACUCUCUCUAUCUCUCUCUCUUACUUUGCUGUGACCUCUCUCCACUGGGUAAAGAGAGAGUGAAAGAGAACGAAAAGGCAAGAAAGAUUUUGCAUACAAAAUAAAAAUAACAAAAAAAUCUUCCUGGCACAAUUUUUAUGUAAUAUAAUCCAUUACAUGUUGUUAAUGUUUGACCUCUGACAUUCCCAGCAGGAAGGGUAGAGGGAUGGGUACAUAGGGGACUUCGAGCUGCCACAGGGAAGCAUUGCGAGUAGAGGGACGGCAGCCAUGUUGGGAGGGAGUUUGUGUUUGUUGGGAGGAGGGAAACCGCAGAUAUAAAAUUAAUAGAUUGGCUAAGCCCGUAGAGUGUAACGUUUAAAUGGAUGUGAGUCAGUGGUGGCCAUAUUGGACAGAAACCAUUCAUCAAUGAGUCUUUGUUCAUUUCACGUUUCAAAUGUAAAUCUGUGGUAGAUGCUGCUGUGUCAGAGUCAGGUGGCUCUUCACUGUGUCUGCUCCUGCAGAACACCGCAUUGAACCGGUUGAGGCCAGCGCACAACUCGCAGAGCGCCGCAUCCAAUCUAGUAGUUCUAUAUCUAUGUGAGGGAGCUGGAUCUGCAGCUUUCAGCUCAUUGACGCGGGGCGGACAUUUUGUGUUCAGUUUCCUCACAGGGAAAAAAGAAAAAGAAGAAAAAAAAAAAAAGCGAACGGGAGACCGUUCUGUUCCGCGAUUUAUAUUUGAUUGACAACAAAAUGGACGAAUGAAGUUUGAGUGCAAGAGCAACAGACACAAUACUGAAACCCCGACUCCUUUAGGGAGGCCCUCGUUAUGCAAACGACUUUAGAUUUAAAAAA